GCAGCCAGCGCCCGGCAAGAGGCUGCGGAGCUUGGAGGCGGCUUCCACACUGGCGCGACCCGCGGUCGGUUUUGCCCCAGCUCGGGGCCAGGGGUUCUGGGUGCCAGCAGCGCGGCUGUGAAGCUGCUCCCGAGGCCGAGCUCCCAAAGGAUCUGCCAGCAGCACUCCUGAUGUGUCAGGAGCAAGGUGCUGAUUGUUCCAGGCAGAGAGAUGCCGGCUGUGAGCAGGAGGAGAGUGAACUCUGCUCCAUUCGUGCAGUUGCGAAUGAGCCCCAGCAUCCCCAGCAGGGACCAGCAGCCGCGGUUCCACACCUGCCUGGGGCCCAAGAAGCCACCUGGCAUCAGCAGGGGGAUGCCACUUGUGAGUGUGCAGUGAGUGCAGAUGUGGAGAAUGGAUUCUGCACCAGUGAUGGGAGUGUGAGGGAGCCCCUGGCUCCCCAGGGCACAUCAGGAACCAAGAAUGAACACAAAAGGAACCGCAGAAGAUUCCUGGGUGAAUGGAUCAGGGGCCAUCCCGUGGGCACGGCGGUGCUGAUUCUGCUGCUCCUGGUGCUGGUGCUGGCUUUGGGGGUGGCCCUGGCUGUGCUGGCAGCACCACAGGUUCCAGUCACAGCUGCGACUCCUCUGUCACUUCUGGGCUGUUCCCGUGGCUGGGUUGGCUACAAUGGGGUCUGCUACUACUUCUCAAGGGAUUACAGCACCUGGGAUCAGGGUCAGGAACGGUGCUCCGAGCUCGGGGCCUCCCUGGCCAUUGCCAAGGAUGAGGAGGCCAUGGAUUUGCUCUUCCUCCUCCGCGGGAACGUCGAUUUCUGGCUCGGGCUGCGCAGACGGGGCGAGCGCCUGCACUGGGGGGACGGCAGCAGCUACAGCUCCCGCAAGGCCCCAGCUCCCCUGUAACAGGGGCUGCAGAAAGGACCUUCUCCACACUGGGCAGUGCCAGCUUCACCUCUGAGCCCAGCACAGCGCUGUCCUUCCUCAGCUGCACCCUGUGCCUUGCACUUCCUCUCAGGGUCACCUCAGUGCCUCUUCAUGGCCAGUGCCAACGCUGGGCUGGGGCUGCAAAGGAAAAGUCUCUGCAAUCCAUCCUGCCACCGCUGCUGCCUGCAGUGAGUGCAUUGCCCUCAUGACACAACAAGCUGCAAUGGGAAAUCCAAAUUGCCCUGGGCUCUUGGAAAUCAUCACAAACUGGCCUGAAUGUGGCACUUGUGAACUGUCCUUGUCAGAGGAGGAAGAGCAGCUGACACAUGCUGAGGAGGAAUCUCACAUCCUGCAUCAGGCACCUGACUGCGAAGAAUGGUCUGUCUGUCUGUUGCAAAGGAUCUGACUGUCCUCCUGUGGGAGGAAUCCCAGGCUGAAGCAAGACAAGGAUUUCUCUCCCUGAGGGAGAAGCAGAGACAUGACAUGACUGUUACCCCCAUCCCUCUGUGCCACCGUGUGGUGUGGAGGGAUAGAAUCAGGGUAAAUGAAGGCCAGGAAGGAGAGAAUGGUGUGGAGAAAAUGCAUUUUUAGCUUGUGGUGAACAUCUCCUUCCCUUUGUUUUGUUUGAUAAUAAAUUCAUUUAAAUUUAUUUUCCCCA